AUGACGCUUCCACUGACCCUUGCCGAAGUCGUCGCGUUUGACAACGCGCUCCUUUGUUCGAUUUCCCAACGCGAUCAUGGCCAGGUCCAAGCCAUGCUGGCCAAGAUUGACGUGCAAAACAACUCCGACUUGCGCGAACCAUUGACCAGUGGCUUCCUUGAAGCCGCCGGGCGAGACGCGUCCAUCCUGAAGCUGUUUUUGGAUGCCCACUUUGACGUGGACGCAUGCGACGAGGAAGGCACGACGGCGUUGAUGAUUGCAGCUCGCGGGAAAGACUCGGAUGCCCUUGACCAUGGCAAUGACGAAGCUCCGGCCAACGACGGCGUGGCUGAGUGUUCCUUCGUCGAAUCGUUGGCUAACGUUCAGCAGCUCUUGGCGCAUGGCGCAUGCGUGGACGCUGUGGAUCACACUGGAAGCACAGCAUUGCAUCACGCAGUGCAGUGCAGCGGGGAACAUGUCAUUGUUCAAGAGCUAGUUGGCGCAAUGUGCACUGUCGAUUGCGUGGACGAGAAAGGGUACAUGGCGCUGCAUCAUGCCGCCCGGAUGGGCCAAGUGGAGAACGUCCGGCUGUUGCUGGCACGCCACGACCCCCAAGACGUGAACGCGACGACAUUGGACGGCGAGUCUGUCCUGUCCCUGGCAUGCCAAUCUGGCUGUGUCGACGUGGUGAACGAACUCGUCCAGUGCUGUGGCAUUGACCUGGACGCCCCAAACAGCGAUUUGCAAACGCCGUUGAUGAUGGCGGUCAUGGUCGGGUCACUCGAUAUCGUCCAAGUUCUGGUCCAAGCACGUGCAGAUGUGACCAAGAAGGAUUCGAUUGGCAUGACGGCCCUCCAUCAUGCAGCGUGCUGCGAGGCGGCCCUGCCCAUCGUCGAGUGCCUGGUGGACGCCAACUCGGACAUUAACAACGUGGACGACAUGGCCAACUCGAUCAUGCACGACGCGGCCAUCGUGUCUUCACUGGAUGUGGCGCUGUUCUUGUUGAAGUCUGGUGCUGCGAGCGGUUGUGUGAAUGAGGCUGGGAAAACUCCGACAAUGCUGGCUCAGCAAUGGAAUCGCCCCGAUAUGGUCGAGUUGCUCGAGUCAUGGGACGGAGGGCCGCCGUAG